AUGCUAGCUCGGGGCAACUCCUCCUGUAGCCCGGAGACUUCCGCUCGGGCUCCCUGCUGUACUGUGGAUAGUGGGUUGCUGCGGCCCAAGGAACGCGACUCGCCGGCGCCCCCUCCGGGCCAGCCCUCCUCUCUGCACAUGGUCCGGCUGGCGCCUUCCCCGGCCGGCGUGGGCUGCCGGCCGCACCCCGGACACUCCCCUGCCGAGCCGCUGGCCGCUCCGUGCCCCUCGACCUCGCCCCCCCUGCGGCGCCGGCGCACCCGCCUGGACGUGCCCCUCGAGCCCUCCCUGGAAUUCCUGCAGGCCCAGCGGGAGACGGCCGAAGCCAUCCGCCAGCUGACUCACACCCUGCGGCAAGGCCUGGAGAGGCUCACCGAUAUCGGGGCCGCCGUCCUGCCACUCCUUCCGGUCCGGGCAGACGCCCUCACGCACCAGCAGGGGGCGACCUCGACCCAGGUGCCGGCCCCUUCCACGGAGACCCCGACCGACGGGGACGCCUUCGCCGCCAAGGUGGAGCCGUCGCCGGGGCCGGACGAGGAAAGGCCUCCGCCAGAGGACGGCAGGCCCGCGGCUGAAACCAGGCCGCCCCCGAGCCAAGCGGCGGCGCCCCAGAAACGGAGGAAAGGGGUCCCUACUCAGAAACGCAGGGGCCGCUGGAAGAAUCUGUGAGGGGGGCUCGGAAGGACCUGCUGCUGUUGCUUCCCCCUACAGGCGAAAAAGGGGAUAACGCACAUCCUGUGGAGGUGGGGUCUUCAUGGCGCCCCUCUGUCCCCCCCCCCCGAAAACAUUCCACACACCCCACAAAUAAUGCAAGAUUGCUCCCUUCACCAUGCACCGUCCUGCCGCCACCUUCAGUUACCGCUGCUAAGGGGUUUGGUUGCAUCCACAGCUUGCG